GCGUUCGACUGUGUGUGUGCGUGUGAGUUAGUGUAAAAAUAUUUAAAAACAAAAUCUUCUGCGCAGGCAGACAGAAGCACAGGGCUGGACGCAAGGGGCGAAACAAUCAAAAAACCAGCGACAGCAGCAGCAGCAGCAACAGACAGAUAAACAACAACAGCUACAAUAAUAAUAACAACAACAGCAGCUGUAGCUGUAGCUGUGCUCGGUGACGCGGCGCGAGGUGCUCGUCGAGGUCAGUUCAGCACAUUUCGCGCACGGCCGUUUUGUGCGUUCGAUCGCACCCCCCCUGUCGUCCCUCACUCCGCUCCUGGACCGUCCGGCGGCCACCCGCUAUUCUAGCAACAACAAUAAAGCAUCAGCAAACACCGAAAACAGUUAACAGACUCACGCGCAACUCGUUUUAGUUUUAUUGUUUAACUGAUAACCCGAACGGGCUGAUAAAUAUCAAAGCGACAAAAACGAGAACGACAACAACAACAGCAACAGCAACAACAAAAGGCUGUGACAAAUUAUUGCAAUUGUCCAAGCGCCAAAAGCUAAGUGCGAAUGCGAAUGCGCCCUCAAUUUGUAUGCGGCACACACACGCACACACAUAACCGUCCACUCAGUUAUUGCCGAACACCCGCUGACGUCAGUCGGGUGGAUCGUUAUCGUUAUCCGAGUAUGGUGAUGCCGGGGCCAGAGGGGCCCAGCGCGGGCGCCAUUGCCACAGCCGGGUUCAAUCGCACGCCCCUGACGGAGCUGAGCUCCGAGACGCGCCGCCAGCUGGCAUGCAUGCUCAAUCGCAAGAAGGUGCUGCGCUCCGAGGAGGGCUACGAACGGGACUGGCGUGGCAUUGCCUCGCUGUCGGGCCAGCGUGGCUAUGUGGACGAGUUUGCCAACAUGCCCAUGGACCUGGUGCUCAACAGCUGGAUCAAGCAUAAUCCGCAAACGGCUGAGGUGGGGCAUCUCGAGGAAUACCUGGGCAUCAUCGAUCGCUGGGAUGUGCGCGAUGAUAUACAGGAGAAUCUAAUCAAGGACACAAAUCGUUAUAAUACAAAGCAACAGCAGCUAGAACAGCUGGAGCAGUUGACGCCCACGCCCUCUGUUCAGUGUGUGGAGCGUAACAACAAUAGUCUGGCACGCGAUGUCAACUUGCUGAGCAUCGAUGAUGAGAAAUGCCUACAAAACGGACAGCCGCUGCCCCGCUACAAUGCCUGUGUGCUGUACGCCGAGGCGGACAUCGAGCAUGCAACAGACAUUAUGAACAACCUAGAGUCUCCGCCCUACAAUCUCAAGCUCUUCUUGAGGCAUCGGGAUCUGCUGCUGGGCGUGCCCUUCGAGCAUGUCGAGCUGUCGCAGUUCAUGGCCACGCGCUGCAACCAUCUGAUCGUUGUGCUCACCGAGGAAUUUCUCAAGAGUCGCGAGAACACGUAUCUGGUGAACUUUACGCAAAAGCUGCAAAUCGAGAACAACACACGCAAGAUAAUACCCAUAUUGUACAAACACAACAUGACUAUACCCCAGACGCUGGCUAUUUAUACGCACGUUAACUAUACGGAGACGUCGAGCUUGUUCAACUUCUGGGAUAAGCUGGCGCGUUCGCUGCAAGAUGUGGAUGCGGCGUCCAUAUACAGUGCCAAUCAGCAGCUACUUACACCGCCGGUAACGGAAGCUCUGCCUCAGCCGGAAACGCCGCGCAUCUUAAUCAACGAUGCGGACGUAACAGAUCUAUCCGACUGGAAUUUAAACGAUACAAAGCUCAAAUCCAUGUCGGGCAAUACAACGGCGCCGUUGCCCGAACUGAAGAUCAAACGCAAAGAUAAAAUUUUGCAAAAACUAACGCUGAACUUCGGCAGCCCCGGCAAGCCGCUGCGGCAUGCGCAGUCGGUUAGUGCCAUCCAUAUGCAGGAACAGGAGAGCACACUGAACGCUAGCAACUCCAAUCUGUCAACCUAUUCGGAGAACAAGAAGCGCUCCAACAAAUGGAGCAGCAAGCUGCUGAAGAAGUUUACGCGCAGCAGCACAAAGCUGCAAACGCCUUGCUGAUAGCGGGAGAGAGAGAGAGAGGCAAAGGCGGGGAUGCUGUGCAACAUGUGAAUUUCCUUAAGUUGCGCCCAGUUUGUGGGCCAUCAUCAAUCAAUCAAUCAGUCAAACAAACACAAACCAUCCUUCAUUUGAUAGUGAUUAUAUACUUAGCCCUUAAAGCCUAUAACCUAAAACCUAAUCAAGCCAAUUAACUUAAUGUAUUUAGACGCACUUGUUAAACUAUGUAAGUCAAACAACGAAUAAAGACAAUAUAUAUACAUAUA